CACAUAAUCAGAAUCAGUUGAAGCAGAGCAGCUAACCCGGCAAGACGUGUUUUGGUUUAUACUUAUAAAAUAUUGAUACCAAAAUACCUAAUACGCUUAUAGAAUCAAGAUUUUUAAUCCAAAAAGUGAUACAUAUCUUUCAUAUAUUUGAUUCUCAUUAAAAACAAAUAAAAAUGUCUAAAGAUAAUCUAACCGCAGUUUUAUAUGGAGUUGAAGACUUACGCCUGGAACAACGUCCAAUUCCAGAAAUCGCCGACAAUGAGGUUCUCUUGGAAAUGGACUCUGUUGGUAUUUGCGGAUCAGAUGUACAUUAUUUAGUUCAUGGUCGAAUUGGUGAUUUUGUUGUCAAUAAGCCAAUGAUAAUUGGUCAUGAAGCAGCAGGUGUUGUAGCGAAAUGUGGAAAAAAUGUUAAAAAUGUGGCUGUAGGUGACAGGGUUGCCAUUGAACCUGGUGUACCAUGUAGACUGUGUCAUUUCUGUAAGACUGGAAAAUACAAUUUGUGCCCAGAUAUGGCCUUCUGUGCCACACCACCAUACGAUGGCAAUCUGACAAAAUACUAUCGUCAUGCUGCUGAUUUUUGCUUCAAACUACCACCUCAUGUAACAAUGGAGGAGGGAGCCCUGCUCGAACCACUUUCCGUUGGUGUUCAUGCUUGUCGCAGAGCUGAUGUUGGUUUAGGAUCAGAAGUUAUGAUUCUUGGAGCUGGUCCUAUUGGUCUAGUGACAUUGUUGGUUGCUCAAUCGAUGGGUGCAUCAAAUAUUGUGAUAACAGAUAUCUCUCAAAACCGAUUAGAUGUUGCCAAAAGCUUAGGUGCCACGCACACGGUUUUAAUUGCAAAAGAUAAAACCGAGGAACAAACUGUGAAGGAAAUUCAAACAUUGAUACCAAACUCUCCUGACAAAUCUAUUGAUUGCUGUGGAGCUGAGUCAACGAUAAGAUUGGCUAUUUUGGGAACACGGUCAGGUGGAUGUGUGGUCAUUGUUGGAAUGGGUGCAAAUGAAAGUAAAGUACCCUUAAUUAAUGCUUGCGCUCGUGAAGUUGAUAUUCGUGGAGUUUUCCGUUAUUGUAACGACUAUCCAACAGCUCUAGCUUUAGUUGCAUCAGGGAAAGUAGAUGUUAAGCGUUUAGUUACUCAUCAUUUUGAUAUCACAGAAACUGCAAAAGCUUUCGAAACCUCUCGUUACGGACAUGGAGGUGCUAUUAAAGUCAUGAUCCAUUGCCAGCCCAGAGAUAAGAACAACACUAAGCCAUUUUAAGAUACUCGAGAUAAAAGAAAAUUAUUUUGUUAAUUAUGUUUAAUAUUAAAUUGUUUGUUUGAUGCUUCUUUUGAUUGAAAAUAAAAAAAUAUUUUUUU